GCGGAGCCCGAGCCCCAGCCGGAGCGGGGCGGGGGAGGGAGGAGCCAGAGCGGCCGCCGCCUCUGCCGGAGGAGCCGCGGGGCCGCCACACUCGCCCCCCGCCCCCCCCCCGCGUUCACUCGCACUCACACCCGGGCGCAGGAGGCGGGCGGCCCGGGCCCCACCGGCCCCCCAUGGACGCCCACGGCACUGGGCGCUGAGACCCCCGCGUCGCUGCCCAGCCCGGUCCAGCGCGCCACGCCGAGGGAUCUCCGAACAGGACAAGACUCCAAAGCUACUCCCCGAGCCCACAUCCCGGGACCCACAUACCCAGCUUGCCCCCAACCCUCCCACCUGCCACUCCCUGGCCCCUCUCACCGCCCGCCCCCCACCUUGGGGCACAGGGCAUGGUGUGAAAGGCCAAGUGCUGAGGCGGGUAUCAUGGGUGCUGUGCCCUAGGGCCUGGGUGGCAGGGGGUGGGUGGCCUGUGUUUGUGCCUGGGGGGCCAGUGUGCCCACCCCAGUCUCUUGGCGUGCUGGAGGGCAUCCUGGAUGGAAUUGAAGUGAAUGGAACAGAAGCCAAGCAAGGUGGAGUGUGGGUCAGACCCAGAGGAGAACAGUGCCAGGUCACCAGAUGGAAAGAGAAAAAGAAAGAACGGCCAAUGUUCCCUGAAAACCAGCAUGUCAGGGUAUAUCCCUAGUUACCUGGACAAAGACGAGCAGUGUGUCGUGUGUGGGGACAAGGCAACUGGUUAUCACUACCGCUGUAUCACUUGUGAGGGCUGCAAGGGCUUCUUUCGCCGCACAAUCCAGAAGAACCUCCAUCCCACCUAUUCCUGCAAAUAUGACAGCUGCUGUGUCAUUGACAAGAUCACCCGCAAUCAGUGCCAGCUGUGCCGCUUCAAGAAGUGCAUCGCCGUGGGCAUGGCCAUGGACUUGGUUCUAGAUGACUCAAAGCGGGUGGCCAAGCGUAAGCUGAUUGAGCAGAACCGGGAGCGGCGGCGGAAGGAGGAGAUGAUCCGAUCAUUGCAGCAGCGACCAGAGCCCACUCCUGAAGAGUGGGAUCUGAUCCACGUCGCCACAGAGGCCCAUCGCAGCACCAAUGCCCAGGGCAGCCAUUGGAAGCAGAAGCGGAAAUUCUUGCCUGAGGACAUUGGCCAGUCACCCAUUGUCUCCAUGCCGGAUGGAGACAAGGUGGACCUGGAAGCCUUCAGCGAGUUUACCAAGAUCAUCACCCCAGCCAUCACCCGUGUGGUGGACUUUGCCAAAAAACUGCCCAUGUUCUCCGAGCUGCCUUGCGAAGACCAGAUCAUCCUCCUGAAGGGGUGCUGCAUGGAGAUCAUGUCCCUGCGGGCAGCUGUCCGCUAUGACCCUGAGAGCGACACACUGACGCUGAGUGGGGAGAUGGCCGUCAAGCGGGAGCAGCUCAAGAAUGGUGGCCUGGGCGUAGUCUCCGACGCCAUCUUUGAACUGGGCAAGUCACUCUCUGCCUUUAACCUGGAUGACACGGAAGUGGCUCUGCUGCAGGCUGUGCUGCUAAUGUCAACAGACCGCUCGGGCCUGCUGUGUGUGGACAAGAUCGAGAAGAGUCAGGAGGCGUACCUGCUGGCAUUCGAGCACUACGUCAACCACCGCAAACACAACAUUCCGCACUUCUGGCCCAAGCUGCUGAUGAAGGUGACUGACCUCCGCAUGAUUGGGGCCUGCCACGCCAGCCGCUUCCUCCACAUGAAAGUCGAGUGCCCCACCGAACUCUUCCCCCCACUCUUCCUCGAGGUCUUUGAGGAUCAGGAAGUCUAAAGCCUCAGGCGGCCAGAGGGUGUGCGGAGCUGGUGGGGAGGAGCCUGGAGAGAAGGGGCAGAGCUGGGGGCUGAGGGAGACCCCCCCCACACACCUCUUCUCUCCUUCCUCUCGUCCUUGGAUAGAUUCAGCUCCCACACACACACCCGCACUGCCCAGGUCCCUCCUCAGACCUCCAGCCCUGGGACAGGGCAAACAAAUGAACUUGCUAUGGAAAGGACAGUGUGGGAGGCUGGGGACCGCAUCCUGCAGUUCCCAGGACCCCGUCCUCUCAGAAGGUAGGGGAAGCGCAGGGGGGCUGAGGUGGGACAAGCCAUCUUGACCGUAGGGGAAGGAGGAAGUGGCCUGGGGGAAGAUGCCCUCAACUCACCCCCUGCACACACACACACAAGAGCGAGCCCCCACCCAGUUCCUUGGCCUAGGUCUCCCCUCCAGGCUGAGGGCCACCCUACUUCCCCAGGUGCCUGGGUACAAAGACCGGCUUAGCUUGGCUCCUCCCCCGGAGGUUAAAAUUUAUAGUUAUUCUAACUGCACUUUGAAAACCAAGCAAGGGGAAAAGACAAAUGAAGAAAACUAGGCAGAAAUAUACAGAAAAGAGAGAGCGAGCGAUAGAGAGAGAUGAUAUUAAGUUAUUAAUUGAGGCUGACCAGAGGGGAGGGACCCCCCCCUUACCACCCCAUGCACUUUGAGAGCUGCCCCUCCUCCCCCCACAUCAGACAGAAAUGCCCCACACCAGAGCCCCAAGGGUAGGGCUGCCGAUCAGAGCUGUGAGUUAACACAACAGGGUCCUGGCCACCCCCUUGCCGAGCCCCGCCCUCUGUGCCCCUUUGGCACCCCCCAACCCUAGUACAUCCUCUGCUUUCUGCCACUCGUGCCCGCUGAGUUCCAUCUACCUCUCACGCUGGAUGCCAGCUGGCCCCUCACCAGCCUGCCCUGCCACCCUCACAGCUCCCCUUUAAGUGCCCAGCCCUAGGGGCCUCUCCCUGUCCACCUCCUCCUUCUAAACCUUGGCACCCACCCAGGAAAAACUGUGGCUCCAGCUCCUACCCUCCUCAUAUCCUGCAGUAUUAGCCAGAAACCGGAUGCUGCUGCAUUGGUGGGGGAGGGGUGGGGGGGCAGGGGGCUGUGCGUGAGCAUCUCCCAGAGCUCCCCGCCCCCUUAGGCACUCUGUUUCCCUGUUUCCCCUGUCUUCUGGGCUCUCUCUAACCUCUGCCCUCCUUCUCCCCCACUCACUGCACUAACUCUGGGUGGGCAGACACCCAAAUGGGGGUGUUUAGAUAAGUGACAUUUAGUCAGGGCCACAGGGGAGGAGGUGGUUGGUGCUCCUUUUUCUUUCAAGCUCUUUUGGCCAGCUGCCCCUCUGCCCUGGGAUCUGUUCCCCUCUUCUUUUCUCUAAUUCAGGGACUUUGGCUUGAGCCCCUCCCACCCUCCUGGUGAGGGUGCUCUGUUGGUCUGCACUUGGGUGAGCUCCCCUUCUCCCCGUCCCUGUGGCUGCUGCCCACUCCUCAGGGGAGAGAGGGAGAGAGGAGGUGGUCCUCCCAUGGGAGCAGGAGGUGGGGGUGGGACAGAGCAGACCAGAGGGUGCUGGGCUCAGGGCUGCAUGUCGGCAGGGAUGGAUGGGUGGACAUAGAUGCCCCCGGAAGCCAUGGGGAUUGGGGCAGGGGGUGGGGGGAGGGGUGCCAGGGCUUCCUGCGCUUUGCACUAUUGGGGCAAAAAUGUCUUAAGCAGUGGGGAACCUGCCACCCCACCCUGACUCUCAGCCUGCCACAGCCCCCUACACACACACCUACAUACACACACACGCACAUGGGAAGGCACUGCUAUGCUGUCUGCCAGGGCACUGUCCUUCCCCCAUCAUUCAGGUGUUCCAAAAGGGGUGGAGGGCCUGGAGGAGCACCCGCUGUCACCUGUGCAUGUGCCUGUCCCACCCUGCUGGGGCCCAGACUGCCCUGCUGUCUUUGUCUCUAUCCUCUCUCUCUCUCUCUCUCUCUCUCUCUCUCUCUCUCCCCCUCUCUCUCCUGGAGUGCUGAUUCCUGUAUUACUCCAGUCCCAUGGGUAGGCCCUCUUGUACCUUCUUCCCACGCCUGGGGGCCCAGUGGAAUUCCUGACCUGUCUGCUGUCUUCCCCAUCCCUCCAUCCCCACCCCAACCCCUCCAUCCCCAUUCUCAGCCAUGGACACGGCAGAGAAAAGGCCUUGAAGAGCCUUGGCCUCUUACAGGCACUUGGGACUCCCCCACCCUCCCCAAUCAUAUGAGCUGUGAUUCCCUCCUCCCCAGACCCCUCCCCUCCCCCUUGAUGAUGUGGGGUGUAUGCGUGCGUUCCUCUGUGUGAAUGUGUGAGUGAGUACAUGUGGUAGGGGAGGAGCCAGGGCGACUCAGGAGUGCUAUGCACCUGCUCUAGAGAGGCAGCUGUCCCAGUCCCUGCUGUGGAAGUGGGGGACAGGGCCCUCUCCUGGGGGCCAUUGGUGCUAAUGAGGGGGAUGGCCUUGACGUGGGUGCUCAGCAUGCCUCCCUCAGUACUGGCCCAGGCACUAGGGCAGGCAGGGUGGAGCAGCAGGUAUAGUAUCGGUGGGAGGGCGGGUUGCUGGGAAUAGGACGAGGGGGCCAGGCCAGGCCAGGACAAGGGGGUGCCAGAGCCAUGACCACUACCCUGCCCCCACCACCUGCCUCUCUAUCUCAGUAUUGCCCCUCCCAUCACUCAUAACACACAUACCUCAUCCAGCCUCCUCCCUGCUCAGACUUGGGGAGGGUGGGGGAGGAUCCCCUACCCCUUCUCCUGGUGGCGGGUCUGCAGGGCUGGGAGAGGGCAGGGCGUGUGACAGAGACACCGUCCAUAAGGAGGACAGUAACUCCUGCCCUGGAAACUCCUGGGCAGGGGGAGGGGGACACUGCCCAGAGGCACUACUGAAUGUAUGAGAAGCUGGUGCUGGGCUGGAGGGAGGGGGGCUGUGGCCAGAAACAGGGAAGGAGGUAGGUCUCUUCCCCAGGGAGGGGUGGGACCGGUAGGUGUGACUUGAGGGGCUCCUCCUCCCGCCCCACGUUGACAAUCAGUAUGUCUGUUAUGUGCGAUUUUUCACCCCGUUGUGUUUUGGGUCAGGAUUUUAAAGAAAGAUAUUUUUAUGGUAAUUGUUGCUCGUCUAUUUUACUAUAUAUUUAUGUAAUAAAUAUAUGAUGAAAAUAA